UCCCAAUUUACCCCCGCGAAAGAGUUAAAAUUACCUCCUUGUACGCACCCUUUCUCGGUUUUUCCAACCUCUCUUUUCUCUGGUUACGAAGCCGCCGUUGCCGACCUUGCCCCGGGCUUCCAUGCUCAGAACUCAGAAGCAGGCAUCGGAGCGAGUAAACCCUCGAUCGCAGAGGAUGUUGCAUGUGUAGAAAGAAAGAAAAAAUUGGUAAAAUUAGAAGAUGAGGUCGUCGUCUUCCUCCGAUAGGAUUAACGUUGCCGCGAGUGCCCAGCGACUCGAUGUCGACAAUCGGAUUCCUCUGCGUAUCUACUUUCGGAUCGCCAAUAAUGUCCUCAAGCAGGCUGACAUUUUCCGACAAGAGAAGAAUAUUAUAGACCUAUAUAUUAUGCUACUAAGGUUUUCAAGUUUGGUCUCUGAGACAAUACCGUGUCAUCGUGACUAUAGAGCAUCUGUUCAAGGAGAGAAGGGUUUCUUGAAAACGAAAUUGUUUGAUGCUCUGAAUGAACUCGAGGAACUCAAGCCAGCAGUGAAACAGAAGCUUAAGCCAGCUGCGAUACAUAAGAACAAUGAAUUUAACAGGAUAAACGGAAAAUUUAACAACGGGUGGAGCCAUAAUAACCAGAUUGAUUUUGUGGUUUCUCCUCUCAAGAAGCAAUCGUUGAUUAGCUAUGAUGCAACCAAGGUGGCAAGAUCAGCUGCAAGAGAACUUGUCUAUCAGCCUCCGAGGUCUCAACAAUUUUCCUAUGCCAAGCCUUUGGAGGAUCAAUUUCGCAAACUAUCCAUAGUACCACGUCCAAAUGAGGAAACUCUUUCCAGACAUUCUAUAUUGGGCCCAAAUGGCCUUAGUGGACAGUGGCAGCCACCUAGAAGUGAUAUAGGGGUUCGCUAUCCAAGUAUAUUAGACUUGACUCCUGUUGAAAUCCCAAGGGCAAACAGCAUGGGACAGUCCAUAGAAGAUGAACAUACAAGUAAAAAAGACGAAAAGACAGAUAUAAAGGAUGCUAGCGACUUGGAACCUGAAAGGUCAAGUUUGGAACCAAUUCUUACCCAGACUACUGAUGGUGGCCAGAAGGAUUUUACAGAGGAACUUUGCUCCCUCAUUUCUUUCGAUUCAACAGAAACUCCUGAUCAUACAAAACUUAUCAGACAGCCUUCUCCUCCUCCUGUUCUUGCAGAAGUACAAGACUUGAUUCCAGCAGUUUCACCUCAAGUGUCUGAGGUAGAAUGUGGACUAGAGACUCUCUCAUCGGAUGAACUUCUUCGUGCUGAAUCUCCCUUGCAAUUACACAUUUCAACGACAAUGAUGGAGCAUUUCAUGAAGCUGGCUAAGUCAAAUACUGAUAAGAGCUUGGAGACAUGUGGCAUCCUAGGAGGCUCACUAAAAAACAGAAAGUUCUAUGUUACGGCUCUCAUCAUACCUAAACAGGAGUCAACUGCAAAUUCGUGUCAGGCCACGAAUGAAGAGGAAAUAUUUGAAGUUCAGGAUAAACAAUCUCUCUUUCCUCUUGGCUGGAUACAUACGCAUCCUACACAGUCCUGUUUCAUGUCGUCGAUUGAUCUCCAUACCCAUUAUUCAUAUCAGAUUAUGUUGCCGGAAGCUGUUGCAAUUGUCAUGGCACCACAAGGUGGCUCAAGAACCCAUGGCAUUUUCCGAUUGACAAACCCAGGUGGCAUGUCGGUCAUUAGACAGUGCCAGCACCGUGGUUUUCAUCCACAUGAUCAGCCACCUGAUGGUGGACCCAUUUACAAGACCUGUGCAGAUGUUUAUAUGAACCCCAAUCUAAAGUUUGACGUUAUUGAUCUUCGAUAGUUAGACAAACGGUAUUCAGAUGGCUCACCUUCAUUCCUGCAAUUGUUCAUACCGUCGUAUGUACAAGUAUUCUUUUCUGUGUGUAAAGAAUGAAAUGUUGCCAGGCAUGGCUUGAAUUGGGAAGACUUGGGAACUGUUUUUGUCAUUUGUCGAUUGUUUCCCAAGGACGGAUGACUAAGUAAUUAAGCAUUGAGUCGAAGAGUGUUGCGAGA